UGUUCAGCGCCCAGGUGCUGAGUCUCUCGGUCGCUUAGGGAGGCUUCGGUUCUGCUGCCCUUUCCUCUCGACGCUGCCACGGGCUGCGAUGGGACUAGUAUCAAAUCGCCUCCGCCGCCUCCUUCAGGCACAGUGAAGAAAUUUUCAGAGACACUUACACAGAAGCAGCAAGGUUUGAAUGAGAACUUGAAACAGAAAGAACCAACUAUACACAUCCUUUUCCAGGUUUUUCAUCUGCCGCAUCUGAGAUUCAUUAUGGUACCUUGCAGUGAGCAAUGACCUCCUUUGGAGAAUUUAGGUGCCAGAAAGACAGAGACACAGUGGCCUUGUUUCCCUCUUACUUGACAAAGUGAAAUGGUACUCUUAAGGUGAUACGUGUUUACUACACUUGGAAACCCAAACGGUUGGCUGGACGAUUUUUCCCUGACCACCCCAGUGUUCGGAUGGAUGGUUGACGGUGACAUCAUGUAGUAGUCCCUGAAGUGUUGUCAUAACUGAGUUGCAAUGGUUUUAUACACUUCCCCAUUUCCCAACAGCUUUCUAUCAAUUCUGCAUUCCUUUUCCUGGGGCCUGAUUUUCCCAUGCUAUUGGUUUGCAGACAGGCUUGUUGCCUCCUUUGUUCCUACCACCUAUGAGAAACGUCAAAGGGCAGAUGAUCCAUGCUACUUUCAAGCACUCUGCAUUAUUAUUACCACUCCUAUCUACUUGGCACUGCUGUUGGCAUCUCUUCCUUUUGCCCUGAUUGGCUUCUUGUUAUGGUCAGCUCUCCAGUCAGCUAGAAGGCCAUAUAUCUACUCCAGGUUAAGAGACAAGAGCCAGGCCACUGGCGCUACACUACUUACUGAAUGGAAAGCUGCAGGCAAUGGGAAAAGCUUCUGCUUUGGUAGUGCCAAUGUUUGUCUGCUACCAGACUCUCUGGCAAGAUUUAACAAUGUGUUCAGCACACAGGCACGGGCUAGAGAAAUUGGGCGGAGAAUCAGAAAUGGGGCAAGCAGACCACAGAUAAAAAUAUAUAUAGAUUCUCCCACUAACACAUCCAUCAGUGCAGCCAGUUUCAGCAGCUUGGCCUCUCCUCAAGUUGGAGAUAGCACUAAUCGUGCUGUCAGUGUAGGCAUCAAAAGGACAUCAUCUAUGGAGUACAAGGGAGACAAUUCUGGCUCAAAUAACAGUGAGGAUAGCAGAGAUGCUAAAGCUGGAGGGGAACUAAAUGAGGGAGAGGACAACAACACAUGUAUCGUGUGCAUAAGUGGGGAGGAUAAUGGCCACAUUUCAGACACAGAAGCGGAUGCCAUUAGUGGCCAGGCUAAUAUCAGUAGCCCAACAGAACACUCCUUGGAAGGUGAAAGAGAGAGCCCAAAGGGUCAAAUACCCAACCAUAAACAAAAAGAAGGAGAUUCUGGGAGUUUAGACAGCUACACUGCCUCGCGAGAGUCCCUGGUUAAGGUUCGCAUUGGAGAUGGCACAGUGGACCAAAGUAACAUCAACAACAAGCUCCUUUACAAAGCCUCGGUCAUGAAGAAGACCUCUGUGAGGAAAAAGAAGCAUAUGGAUGAAAUCUUUGACCAUGAGAUCUCUGCGUUCUUCCCUGCCAACUUGGACUUCCUGUGCUUGCAGGAAGUGUUUGACAAAAGAGCAGCAGAGAAGUUGAAACAGCAGCUCCAUCACUAUUUUGAAUACAUUCUAUAUGAUGUUGGGGUCUAUGGCUGCCAUGGCUGCUGCAGCUUUAAGUUUGUUAACAGUGGCCUGCUUUUUGCCAGCCGCUACCCAGUUAUGGAUGCUGCCUAUCACUGUUACCCCAAUGGAAAAGGAACAGACUCCUUGGCUUCCAAGGGGGCCUUGUUUCUCAAGGUGCAAGUGGGAAAUACACCUCAGGACCAAAGAAUUGUGGGAUACAUUUCCUGCACUCAUUUGCAAGCUCUGGCAGGAGACACUACAGUUCGAUGUGAGCAACUUGAUCUGCUUCAAGACUGGCUGGCUGAUUUCCGAAAAUCUACCUCCUCCUCCAGCACAGCCAAUCCAGAGGAGCUGGUGGCUUUUGAUGUGAUCUGUGGCGAUCUCAACUUUGACAACUGCUCAUCUGAGGACAAGCUGGAGCAGCAGCACUCCCUGUUUACACGCUACAAAGAUCCAUGCCGGCUUGGUCCUGGGGAGGAAAAACCAUGGGCAAUUGGUACCUUGUUAGAUCCUGAAGGAUUGUAUGACGAAGAAGUGUGCACUCCAGAUAACCUACAGAAGGUGCUGGAAACCGAAGAAGGGAGGAAAGGGUACUUGGUCUAUCCCACCAGCAAGAACCAUUCUUCAAGUCAAAAGGGGAGGAAGGCAUCACUAAAAGGCAGUGGGAGGAGGAUUGACUACAUGCUUUACACAGAAGAGGGUGUCUACCUGGAAUGGAAAGUGGAAGUGGAAGAGUUCAACUUUAUUACACAGUUAGCAGGUUUGACAGACCACCUGCCAGUCGCUAUGCGUCUGAUGGUAACUACAGGGGAAGAGGAUUCUUAAAACUGACCAGCUUAGAAGAGGAAAGUUUCAAUUUAUUACCUAUAUCAGAGGAUAGAAAAGAACUUUUCUGGUGCCACAUUAGGAAAGAUGACUAGACCUGACCCAGGCUACCCACCACAACUCAACUGGCUUUCCAGUUCCUUAAAAAAUGUGCCAGGAUCGGAGAAUAUAAAGGGAAGAAAUUAUGUGGGUUAGGACCAAUAACAAACCAUUGUCACAAGUUGGUCAGGCAACAGGCAGGGCUGUAUCUCAACGCUUUCACUGUGGACCGAAAGGAACCAAGAUGGAAGUCCUUAUACCUUUCGAACCAGUGCCAUUCUUACUAAAAUAUGUUUUUAUACUAAUAUAUAGCACAAUUUAGUUUGUAAUCUGUCUGUGAGUUAGUGCUGCUCAAUGGAUUUUUGCAUAAUAUAUCUAUGUAAAACUAAGCUAAAGCUCUUUUUUUCCCCUUUUCUUUUUCCAAGCCGGUUAAUAUCAUAGUAGCAUGCCUGCAUCAGUAGCAUGCGCCCGCAUUGCAUGCCACUCUAAGAUAAAUAGUCAUUAAGAUAUCAUGGGGGAAAUAAGAAUAGAAAUGAGAAUUCAAAAUCUGAAACUAGCCAAAGAAAAGCAUUCCGGGACUGGCUAAACAUUUUCCAAUGAACUUGAUUGGCUUUAAAAAAAAAAACAACAAAAACUGUAUCCAAUUGGCAGAUAAUCCUUAAAUGGAGGACUCUGAAAAAGUAAGAUUAUUAUUAAAAAUCUGACAUUAAAGUUUAGGAAUCCAGUCCCACAAUCCUUACUCUGAUUAUAUUCCAUUAAAAUCAACAAGAGUUUUGCCUGAGUAACAGCUCCUGAAUAGAGCACAAGUUUGCUAUCCACAGAAUAUCACUUUUAUUUUGAGAAAGAAUAUGGUCCCCUUUUAAUGUCAUAGGCUUCCUUUCCCACAUUUAGGGCAGUUCUGAUUUACAGUAUACGCUAAUGUAGAAUAUUAUGGUCAUUUUGAAUAGAUUCACAUGGUACCAUUGGUAAUACGAGAGUCAGUUCUCUGCCUGGACUGGAUACAAUGAAUAAGGAAGGCUUUUAACAAACAUGUGAGACAUAGGAAAAACAAAAGAAGUGACAAUUUAGGAGAACAGAUGAAGAAAGCAGAGUGUGAUUGACAAAAGACUGGUUAGGAUACUGAUUUUUUAAAGGAACAAAAAGUGGUGGCAGAAUAAAAGAAA